GAAGUUGUUGAUUUUUACAUUACAAAAGGAAAACAAUGAUAAAUAGAAAAAAAAACCUCGAAAGUACAACGUCUUACAGCAGGCAGGAGGGUAAGAGGCGGUGACCAUUAUUCCAGGUGUCAGUUAAUUACUGGCCUAUUUAUCACUCUACGGGUAAGUUUAUGAGGGAAGGGCAUUUUUUUCCUAAUAUUCUUCUUCUUCUUCCUCCUCCCAAAUAGUCCGUGGAAUAAAAAACCCUAACACUUUAAAACCCUAAACCAUUAAUUCUUAACAGAGAGACAGAAGUCGAUUACUAAUUCUUGUUUAUUUGUAUUAAUAUUUACUAAUUGUUUAUAAUCUCUCUGAUAAGAGCCCCGAAAAUGAGUCGAUACGAUAGCCGUUCCGGCGAUCCCACCUCUUACCGCGAUCGUAGAAGUGACUCAGGGUUUGGUGGGGCUUCAGCCUACGGCGGUUCAGUGCGGUCCUCAUCAAGCAGAAGGGAUUAUGAUGGUGCUGAACCGCCUAGGAAGUUGGAUUUGGAUGGGUUGACCCCUUUUGAGAAGAAUUUUUAUAUUGAGUCACCAUCGGUGGCGGCAAUGUCUGAUGCGGAGGUUGAGGAUUAUCGGCGGCGAAGGGAAAUUACAGUUGAAGGUCGUGAUGUUCCAAAGCCUGUGAAUAGUUUUCGUGACAUCGGGUUUCCAGACUAUGUACUGCAAGAAAUCACAAAAGCUGGAUUUGUUGAACCAACAGCCAUACAAGCUCAAGGCUGGCCGAUGGCUUUGAAGGGCCGUGAUCUCAUUGGUAUUGCUGAAACAGGGUCAGGGAAGACUCUUGCCUAUUUAUUGCCCGCAAUUGUCCAUGUCAACGCACAGCCAAUUUUAGCUCCUGGAGAUGGUCCUAUUGUACUAGUCUUAGCUCCGACACGUGAGCUUGCAGUUCAAAUACAACAAGAGGCUGCUAAGUUUGGUGCAUCAUCAAGGAUCAAGAAUACAUGCAUAUAUGGAGGGGUUCCAAAGGGACCUCAAGUCCGUGAUCUCCAGAAAGGUGUUGAGAUUGUUAUUGCUACACCAGGGAGGUUGAUAGAUAUGUUGGAGUCAAAUCACACAAAUUUGCGAAGAGUUACAUAUUUAGUGUUGGAUGAGGCAGAUCGGAUGUUGGACAUGGGGUUUGAACCUCAGAUAAGGAAAAUCGUUUCUCAGAUCCGCCCUGACCGUCAAACUUUGUAUUGGAGCGCGACUUGGCCGAAGGAGGUUGAACAGUUGGCAAGGCAGUUUCUUUACAACCCAUACAAAGUGGUAAUUGGAUCUGCAGAUUUAAAGGCUAACCAUGCAAUUCGCCAACAUGUUAACAUUGUUUCAGAGAGUCAGAAAUAUAACAAAUUGGUGAAGCUGCUCGAGGAUAUCAUGGAUGGCAGCAGAAUUUUGAUUUUCAUGGAUACCAAGAAGGGUUGUGACCAAAUCACUAGGCAACUUCGCAUGGAUGGUUGGCCUGCUCUGUCAAUUCAUGGAGAUAAAAGUCAAGCAGAAAGGGAUUGGGUCCUUUCAGAGUUUAAAGCUGGCAAGAGCCCUAUAAUGACUGCAACAGAUGUUGCAGCUCGUGGUUUAGAUGUGAAAGAUGUGAAGUAUGUAAUCAAUUAUGACUUCCCGGGAUCUCUCGAGGAUUAUGUCCAUCGCAUUGGUCGAACAGGGAGGGCUGGGGCAAAAGGAACAGCCUAUACUUUCUUCACAGCUGCAAAUGCAAGAUUUGCCAAAGAACUUAUUGCCAUACUUGAGGAAGCUGGCCAGAAGGUCAGUCCUGAAUUGGCAGCAAUGGGACGCGGUGCACCUCCUCCCCCAUCAGGUCAUGGUGGUUUUCGAGACCGAGGUAAGGGAUACAGUGGCGGUCGCACAUGGAGCUGAUUAACAGAAAGAUCCCUGUUCCCCAGAAGAGGAAAAUUAGAAAGACUAUGAGGGUACAGUGUAGUGUAGACAUACUUUGUUUAACUGUCACUACCCGCAGGAAGGGCAAGUAGAUGGGAAACUUGUAAAUUGACAGUGUAUGUACUCCCAGAUUAAAAGUCCGAUUCCCCCUUAAGCAAUGAGAACUCAACUCGUGAAUGAAAAACAAAACAAAAA